AUCGGACCAUAUGUUCCCCGAAUCGGUCCGUAGCCAUUUUGGCUCAAGGGUGAACGGACCCAAGCUCCGACACAGGCUUGCACCCAAAGGCUCCCGCCCUGAGUUCUUGAGCGCCGGUAUACGCAUGACACGGGCGCAGUUGGUCCACGAGUGGGCCUCGAAAGUCUCGAGCCCUGAGGAGUUCACUCUGUGUAUCCAAAACAUACCGAGGCAUUGCACGCGGGCUAUGCUCUUGCUCGGGAUACAAAACGUCGGAUUCGGUAACGAGUACGACUAUCUCUACUUGCCACGCGACUACACUUCAAACGAAGGCCGUGGGAUCGCAUUCAUCAACAUCGUAUCCAGGGGAGCAGCUCGGAGAUUCGUCGACUUGAUGGGCGACCUGGACUUUGCGAUCCGCGGCGUGGCAGGCAGCCCCUCCCUGCGAGUGGCAGCUGCAAAGACGCAAGGCUUGGCGAACAACUUGGUGAAGUGGUGCCGCCGGCAUUCCGCUCAAUCCCGGGACCCCGAGAUGCAGCCGUUCGUGCGGGCGUUGAAGGAGAUGGGGUUUAGCCACCCUCUCGACCCACUGCUCAUGCAGAGCCCCCCGAGCGGCGCGGUGCCCUACCCCGAGUUCGGGCCUGGCGGGUGGCGGACGGCCCCGAGCCAUACCAGCCGACCGACCGCUGCUUGCGAUGCCACGGCGGACGCAGCAGCCGCCGCCGCACUGGGGGACACAACGACGGCCUGCGCGGUGCCCGCUGCCCCCGAGCUCGAGCCCAGCCACUGGCUGGCGCCCCAUGGCCACACCAGUCCGGCGCGCGGCGCCAGCCAGGCCGCGGCGGCCACCGCUGGCCCUGCCGCCGGCGCCCUGGGGGCGCUGACCGGCGUCCGCUCCCUGGGCCGGACGGCGCCUGCCUCGAUCGUGGGGUGCUGCGCGUGGGAGCCCGACGCGCGGGGGCCCGGCAACGGUUGGUCGGUGCUGAAGCGCUUCUACGUGUGAUUCCCGAGGUCGGACUCGGAUUCGUGGCGCUGCCCGCCUCGAGCGAAGCGACGGCUCCCAGGGAUGUUCUGAACUAGUUAUGAUUUUGGGUGACUGCUUGUGCGAACGCACGGAUUGUCCCCACGUUCCCCUGAUCGGCGAUUUUUGAGUGGCCCUGUGAUCGGCGGACGAAUUUGGGGUGACCGCUUGUGUGAACCCACGGUGACCGCGUAACAGACUGCCACUGUAGUUCCUGAUCGGCACACGCUCUAUCCGUCCGUCGUGGCGACCCCGACUGGCGCCCGCGCCAGCUCCUCCUUCUGCCACGCCUCUUUGUGCACCCCCAGACUAGGGUGAGAGGUUCGAUUUCUGCCGUUCUUUCAAGUCAGCACCCGAACAUCUCCAAGCCUUUCUCUUCCUCCUUGUUCUCUUCGUUCUCCUCUUCCUGUCUCUCCCCCCUCUCAUGCGAACGCUCCAUCCGCUGCCAGGGGGCAGGGCGCCGACGCUUCCUUGUGUGGCGGCCUGGCGCGGGAUCUAGCAGUUUCUUGGAGGAUCGGGCGCAUGCUCGCGCGCGCGAAGAAGGGGGCCUGCAGUGCCGUGGCAGCCCGCUCGGGUAGACGCCCUCGUCGGGUUGGUCGUGCUACAUGUUUGUUGGUUGUGGGUGGUGUCUUGGGUGGUGGCUGGGCGGCACUGUAAGCACGGAGUAUAACGAGCAAUUACUAUUUCCAGAUUGCCAGGCUGGCGAGAGGCGCGGGCGGCCAUCUCUAGCUUUGCACUGGUGUCCAGAUGGUUCGCGUAGUUUCGGCCGUGCGACAGGUGUUCUCGUUGAGUAUGCAGCACUGCGCGAGGGGCGCGAUCAUUAGCUGCACGUUUCCGUUGAAGUCGUUCCUCGUUAUGCAUCAGGCACGACGUUCCCGCAAGCGGAAACAGAUUUUAAUCUGUGUUCGUCGGACGAUCGCCCUUCGGCUGUGUCACCGGCAUCGCCACGUUCAGAAGCGAGGCGCUGUGGCGCCACAUGAGCGGAACUUUCUUUUAGUUCCCAACCAUGUUGUGAUGUUGGGUCUUCGUUUUGUGAGGCUGCGCCCCGCUUCUCUUCUCCUGCCUCGCGAUUUUCGCAGCUGCAUAUGGUUGGGCCCUUCCGUCAGACAAUUUUGUUUUUUUUCAUUCUUCGCGGUCGCCGUGACUUGUUCAGUACAAAUGCUUUACAAGUUUUUAGCGCCCACCUGCCAUGAAGGGUUGUUUCCAGGUUUCAUUAUGCUGGCUCGUCAGAGCACGGCCAACGGCACAUAUCCACACAAUUUUCACAACGUUGGCCUACCACCAGGAGUUUGGGAACAUUAUUUGCACUGCCUGUGGCUAUUGCCACGCAGGCGGUCCAGCAGUUGUCCAAGGAGUGCGCGCACCAGCUCAAUAAGCAUGGCAAGCAGCAGCUGGCGAAAGUGCAGCAGGGUCUGCCACUAGGCACAUCAAAGCUUGCCAAGCCACAGAGGGCUCAGUACAGGGUCCUCAAGUAGCUGUUCAACUCUGCCAUUGGCUAGAAGGAGCAACAUAUUUGCAGGAUGCGGUUGCAUGGGAAUUGAGAGCAGGUGGCUCACUACUGGGAGGCCGCAGGCUGGAUGCCGCUCCCUCUCAGUCCUAGUCUCCUCAUCCUGCUUCCGAUGCUUGGUUCACACGCGCACGCCUUGCUCGUCUACAUGUCGUGCAGGGCGUGGUGCUAUCGCGGGAGUAUGACGCAAGCCUGUCGCCGUGCGCGGGU